CUUCACGGACUGCGAAUCUCAUUCUUCGUGUUGUCAUGAGCCUUACCGCUGAAUGAUACGUUUUCCCAGCGGGGCCAGGGUUAUCAAGAUGAAUUCAUGGCGGAUAUUAUAAAUCCAGAGAAUGAAGAAGAUCUGCAGGCUCAAAUGGAAGAGGUCGAAGCUUUGUCUUCUAUCUACGGAGACGAGUGGUGUGUGAUAGACGAAGCGUCCAGGAUAUUCUGCAUCAAAAUAUCCAGCGACGCCGAGGAGCAGAAACUGACAGCGUGCUUGCAGAUAAUCCUUCCACCCGAUUAUCCUAGUGCAGCCCCACCCAUCUAUCAGAUCAAUGCCGCGUGGUUGCGAGGCUCCGAGAGGGCCAAAUUGGCAAACAGCCUGGAAGACAUCUACGUGGAGCAUGUGGGGGAGAGCAUCCUCUACCUGUGGGUGGAAAGAGUCAGAGACUUUCUCGUGGAAAAAUCCCACAGCUCGGGACCAGUCAUUCAAGAAGAAAAAGUGAACGUAACUGCCGAGGAGGACGUGGGAGACGACGAAGACGUACCUGAUUUGCUUGUUCUCAGGGAAAGUGCAGAGAAAACCCACUUCUUCCUGGAUCAGGCAAACGAUGAAGAGAUACCGCCGAUUAAACAUGGAAGCCCCAUCACGGACCGACGCAGCACCUUCCAGCCCCAUUUGGCACCUGUGGUCACGCCAAGACAGGUGAAGAUGGUCCUGGAGAAACUUUAUGCAAACAAGAAGAUUGCCAGUGCCACUCAUAAUAUUUAUGCUUACAGGAUUUACUGCGAGGACAAGCACAGCUUCCUCCAGGACUGCGAGGAUGACGGCGAGACCGCCGCAGGGGGCAGAUUGCUUCACUUGCUGCAGAUUCUGGACGUGCGGGAUGUCAUGGUGGUCGUGUCUCGGUGGUAUGGAGGCAUUCUGUUGGGGCCCGACCGCUUCAAGCACAUCAACAACUGCGCCAGAAACAUCCUGAUGGACGAGGGAUAUGUCGCCUCCACGGAUGAGGCCUGCAAGUCGGGAGCAAAGACCAAGAGACCGAAAAGCAAGAAGGCGAAGUGAAGUUCAGAGGAAACACGGAUUCGGUUGGCUUCUUAAAUAAACGAGAAGCCUCCCGUUUGUGUUGUCGGGGAGUUGAAUUCGGUUUCUUAUCUCGUUAAUUGUCAUUUCUUUUCAAAUAAUUUAUUAAAGUGCCUUGCGAAAAAUAUGUAAAGUGUAACCAACCUCCAGAUUUACUUUGAUUUUUGCUGAGGAAAUGUCUAAAUUUGGAUUUUAUGGUUCUGUCUUCCAAACAGCAUGAUACUGCCAACACCGUGUUUCACCGGUUGUUAAGAGGGGUGUCAGGUAUUUUUUGCCACCUUCUUGCUUUUGGCCAGUGCAUAUCGGACAAGAACGACCAAAAAAAGGUUCUUUUAUAUUUUCACCUGAAGAGACUCCUUUUAAGGCCUAUACUCUAUCUAUCUUACUGUACUGCAUGUAUUUACACUGAUAUUUUUGGAAGCCACACAGGAAACAUAUUCUAUCAAGAACAAGCUUAUGCUGGUUCUUUA